AUGAAGGACGUGGUCAUGAUGAUAGAGCUCUCUUCUUGUAAAAGAGAUAUACUUUUUAAUCUUAUUAAAAAGAAUACAAGAUUUUCAAAUAAUGAUCCACCACUUGCUUGUAUCUCUGCACCUAUCAUUGGUGGUCUUUGGAGGAUAUCAAAGAACCCACCAGAGGAUCUGCUAGGGUUGGCUAAAAAGUGUGGCAAGAUCUAUGGUAUUUGGUUUGGUGACAACUAUACAGUCUUUAUCAACGAUCUACAGAUACUAGAAGAAGCAUUUAUCAAAAAGAAUCAAAUAUUUGGCAAUCGUCCGAUUGUCCCAUCACUAAGAAUCGUAUGUGAAAAUUACAACAACCUCGUCUUGAAUGAUAUCGAUACUUGGAAACCACUCCGUCGAUUCAUCGAUCAAUCAUUCACCAAAACAAAGUUAAAGGCUCUCUCUUCAACCAUCGAUCUUCAAUCAAACAAUUUAAUUAGAAAAUUAAAAGAAUUAUCCAAAGAUGGUCAACCUGUAAAUCCAGCACCAUAUUAUAGAAAAUAUACAUUUAGUAUUAUUUUAAAGAUGAUGUUUAAUGUUGAAUUGUCAUAUGAGGAUGAACCAGACAGUGGAAUUAUGCAUACCAUCUUUUCACCGAUCGACGAGCUUGUCAAUCGUAUUGCUCAAGGUGCCAUCUUUGACACGGUCCAUAUCCUCGGUCCCAUCUACUACCAUUUAUAUGGAAGACCAUUAAACCGUAAGCUUGACUCUGUCAGAAACAUUACCAAACAAUUUAUCGACCAACAUCGUCAAACUAUUGAUCCUAAAAAUAUUAGAGAUAUUUUAGAUUUGUUUAUACUUGGAGAAUAUGAUGAUGAAAUUAUUAUCAAUGUAUUUUUUGAUAUGUUGUUUGCAGGUGUUGAAACAACCGCAUCGACAUUACAAUGGUUGUCUAUUGUAAUGUCCAAUCAACCACACGAACAAGAGUUGUUGAGAGAGGAGAUUAGAUCAACGUUUGUCCAUUCAGAGGAUAUCCAACCAACUGCCGAUCGUUCCGAUUGUCCACAAACAUGUGCCGUCAUGAAAGAGAUUCUUAGAUACCGUAUGGUCGUUCCAUUCAGUGUCCCGCGUAUUGCGAGCGAGGAUACAACACUUGGAGGAUACUUUAUUCCAAAGGGUACCCACUUGAUGGGGAACUUUUAUGCUUUGCAUGCUACCCAAUUCAAAGAUGCCGAUCAAUUCAAACCAUCCAGAUUCCUCGACGACACUAGUUUUAGCAAUCCAACAUUGUCAUCUCAGUGGGUACCCUUUAGCAUUGGUCCACGCAACUGUUUGGGAUUUGGCCUCGCCCGUGAGGAACUUCAAUUAAGCGUGGCCAAGAUAUUCCACAACUUUAAGAUCUCUUCGUUUGAUGGUGGCCAAUUGGACGAAACUCCAGUUCACGGUAUCACAGUUGCUCCAAAGUAUCAACACAUCUAUAAAUUUGAAUUUCUUAAUUAA